AUGAACCGGUAUGUGGUGCUGCAACAGCUCGGCGACGGCACGUACGGAUCAGUGGUGCUGGCUCAGCGGCGCGACACUGGCGAGAAAGUGGCCAUUAAGCGUAUGAAGCGCAAAUACUAUUCGUGGGAUGAGGCGAUGAAUCUGCGCGAGGUUAAAUCUCUUAAGAAACUGAACCACGCCAAUAUCGUCAAGUUGCGGGAAGUCAUACGCGAGAAUGAUACGCUUUACUUUGUGUUCGAGUACAUGCGAGGAAACUUGUACCAACUGAUACGCGAUGCGGAGCGGGCUUUUCCCGAGCCAGUGCUGAGGAACAUCGUGUACCAGGUAUUGCAGGGCCUAGCACAUAUGCAUCGACAUGGCUUCUUCCACCGGGAUCUAAAACCGGAAAACCUCCUAUGUGCUGGGCCCGAACUGGUCAAGAUAGCCGAUCUAGGGUUGGCUCGCGAAGUUCGUUCGCGGCCACCUUACACAGACUACGUGUCUACACGGUGGUAUCGGGCGCCGGAAGUGUUGCUGCACGAUACCCGUUAUGGAGCGCCUAUCGAUUUAUGGGCACUCGGCUGCAUUAUGGCAGAACUGUAUACUUGUCGGCCGCUGUUUCCGGGGAAUUCUGAGAUUGAUCAGUUGCAUAAAAUAUGCGCUGUGUUGGGGACUCCUGACCGAGACGAUUGGCCCGAGGGAUACGUGCUCGCUGAUGCCCUUCGGUUUCGUUUCCCGUCCAGUGCAGGUGUCCCAUUAGCUCGAGUGGUGCCCUCUGCCUCGCCGCCUGCUUUGGCGUUGUUGACUUCGUUCAUGCGCUAUGCUCCACGGGAUCGACCUACUGCCCCACAAGCACUCCGGUUCCCGUACUUUGCCGUUGGCGCUGCGUUAGUUGUGCCGCCACCUGCGUCCCGCGCUAGGAGGAGCGCAGCUAGAGGUGAAACGGAAAAUUUAGCAGAGCACGCCAGGUCACCUACAACAACAGCGCCUCUCCAUGCAGCUAUCCAGCCGCCGCCACCUCAUUUGCGUGAUCGAUUCGCGGACAUCCUCGGGGGAGAAGUGGUGCACGAGGCCGGCGCGCCGGCGCCGCUGCGGCGCGUGUCGGGCGGGCGCAGCGUGCUGGCCGCGGCCGCGCCGGCGCCGCGCGCGCGCCCCGCGCUCGGCGGCGCGGCCGCCGCCUACCUGACUGCAGCGCGCUACGUCACCGGCUCCAGAAUUGACACUUCACUUUUUCGGGCAUUACCCUUACGAGCUCAUCGAGAAACUACGACUGUGGGCAGCGGCGCUGCGAGAGUCGAUUGGGCGGCUAAGUAUUUACGAUAA